AUGAAUUUCACAAAGAGUGUCUGCAACUCUGCAAUGGAAGAACAGGGCAGUCGCAACAAAACUGUUUGUGUUACAGGUGGUGCAGGAUAUAUUGGUUCUUUUCUGGUCAAGAAGCUCUUAGAGAAAGGACACACCGUCCUUGCAACUCUCAGGAAUCUGGAUGAUCAUUCAAAGGUAGGACUUCUCAAGAACUUCGCUGAAGCAAAUACCAAAUUACGGUUGUUCAAGGCUGAUAUCUAUAACCCAGAUGAGUUCAAUCUCGCCAUCCAGGGCUGCGAUUUCGUGUUCCAUGUGGCCACUCCCUAUCAUAACAGCACCCAGAGCUCUCGGUACAAAGACACAACUGAAGCAGCCGUAGCAUCAGUGGAGAGCAUAGUGAAGUCCUGUUUAAGAUCAGGAACAGUAAAGAGACUCAUAUAUACUGCCACUGUGAUGGCUGCAUCACCAUUGAAAGAAGAUGGUUCUGGUGUCAAGGACUCCAUGGAUGAGUCGUGUUGGACACCUCUUGAUCUCCCAAAUAAUUAUUACGGUUCCAAGUUUCAGAAGGAUUAUACCUAUUCAUAAACUAUAUC